AUGGUGACCUACUCUAUCGAUGGUGCCAUGGCUGAGGCCUUGGGCCAUCUCAACCGCAUCGCCUGCCAUUUCCGCAACCAUGGGCAGCACAAAUCGGCGAACGAGCUGGGAAAGCUGAGUAUCAUGAUCGUCAAUGCCUUUAGCGAGGGCGUCGACAACAUUCCUGCGACUGAAUAUGUCCUGGAGGAAGUGUCCGGUAGCAGUUUGAACGUGAAGGCCAAUACGAUUCAGAAACAGGCCGCUGCCGCCCUCAUGAACAAGGAGAACCAGGGGGAGUUCAACUAUCAGAGCCGUGCCGUUAAGAAGCUCCAGCCACACGAUGGCCACUUCUCUCAGGCUGGAAGCUGGGCUCAAAUUGCUGGCUCUUUGUCUAACAAUCAAGAUAAUACCCACGAGCCCUCUCAGUAUAUGUCUCCUCCCGUUUCGAUGACGGCACUUUCCGCCUCGAAGUAUAGCCAGAGUGAUGAUGAGGAGGGCGAAUUGCCUGGACUGACUGCAGUUGGACUCGCGUCCGCUUUGUCACCGGAGAUCCCGGAGACCAAAGCUGCUGUUCUGCGUGUCAGCGGACGUAUGAACAAGGAUAUCAUUCACUAUAUCACCACCCGAAUCCAUGAGGGACCUCUGCAAGACAUCAAAAUCGAGGCCAAUGGAAGGGCUCGGGUCACCUUCCAGCAUGCGUCUCACGGUGUUAUGUUCCUGAACUCCCACAAGGAGAUGGAAGCGCUGCUCGGUUUUGGACGUCUUGGACCAGGAGUUAGUGUUGAGCUUCUUGAGAUUGUCGAGUGGAACGAAGACCAUCGUCGAAUGAACCAGCCGGUCCGUGAGCGUCGGCGUCUCUCUUUCGCGCGAAAGAGACUUUUUGCGGAGAACAUGUCGCCCGAAAAAUGGAAGCAAGACGUUCGUACCUUGGCUGGACCUGGCAACAUUGACUUUCUUUGGGUGUUCAAUUCUGGCAACGCAACUGCGGUAUUUACCAGCACCUGUGUUGCUCGCAAGGUUUUGGACGUGUUCAAUAAGUGGAAGACCGGCCGCAACGUGUACAACGGAGUCUCGGUGACGUUCUCAUCGGACCCUUGCGAGAAGGAGUUGGUUUUGGUCAAGGAAACUAGCCGUCCUUCGUAUGCCAAGAACUUCGUCAAAAGAGCCAUGCGUGAAGCAGGGCGGUAAUUACAGACCGCUGUUGUACUCUGAUGGUCUUGCCAACGCAGCCAAGGAGCGAUGUUUUAUACGGGAAGGGAGUUGAAGGGGUGAUUCCCACCUGGAUAUUUUUGACGGCAACCGUUGACCAAGAUCUUUGGAGGACGUGGCGCCCUGCUGCCACGUUAACUGGCCACGAGCGUGUCGUGUAAGGUGUCGGGCGCGAUAUUCUUUCUUUUUGAUGUAUAGCUAUUAUCAAUGUUGGUUACGACGAUACCUACCUCAGUGGGAAUCGUUCGGUUACCUAUGGUUUUACUGUGCUUUUAACAUACGGA